AUGCCCCCUCAAGAGAGAGAGAUAUCCAUCCAGGCUACGUGGAAAGAUGCCAUUGAGGCGUAUAGGGAAGAGUGCGAGUUCACGGACGAGAUUCUGCGCUGCACAUCAGUAGAUGAUGUGUUGCACGUCCUACAGAGCGCAAUGGAAGACUUCAAAGCCUUUCGCGAUGAUGACUCUGGCUGGGCGGGGGUUCGGACUAUUCUCAAACGGCUAGUCAGCGUCACUCUUCUUCUGAAUGAUACUGCUGCUGAGGCAGCCUCUUCGGCGGGAAUUCCAGGCGGCAAGGCCAUUCUUGUUGGGUUUGGUCUGCUGCUUACAGCCACGAAAGGAUUGAGCGAACGUUACGAUGCACUUGUGGAACUGUUAUCGGAUCUGGCGGGGUUUCUAGACCGCUUAGCCAUUAGACUUGAAGCCGGCACUGAGCUUCGGCCCGCUUCGAAGAGGAAUACGCAGGAUGUGCUUGUUCAUCUUCUCCACGUCCUCAAUCUUGCCACAAAACUCCUUAAGAAGAAUAGAUUCGUGCACUGGGUUCAAAUUCUGUCUGGGAAUAAGGACAUGAAGGAUGCCCUCGCAGAAUUGGACAGGCUCACGACUGUCGAGACCCGUAUGACCAUCGCGGAGAACUAUGCAGCGUCGCAGCAUAUACUGAACGAGGUGCGCGGCCUACAUACUGAGCACGAAGAUCACUUGCGCAAACUUGAGCAUAUCGAGACGCAGAUAUCUGCACUGGUGGACUCGGACAUAUACUCGUGGCUAGCGCCUCCCGAUCCAUCGGAAAACCACCAUCGCAUCGUAAACACUCGGCACGCCGGCACCGGGGCCUGGCUUUCGAAGAAUCCUACCUACCUCGCGUGGAGGGAUGAUGACGCAUCUACUCUGUGGCUUCAUGGACAAUCUGGUUCGGGAAAGAGCGUCAUCUGUUCGUCUAUUGUCGAUACACUCAAGACAGGCUCGACAAACAUUGUCGCCUAUUACUACUUCGAUUUCAGAGAUACAUCAAGGCAGAGCUCAUACGGUCUUCUCUGCUCUCUUGUUCUUCAAUUGAGUAUUGCUUCGCGCGAUUGUGCUCAACUCGUACGAGAGUGGCAUACUAGUCGCGUCGAAUACGGGAAGCCCAGUGUAACUGUGCUUCUGGAUAAGCUACGGGAUCUGCUACAAGCGCUCACCUGCCGUGUUUACUUCAUCAUCGACGGUGUCGAUGAGUGUCCGCUGGAUCAAAGGCGCACUGAUGUUCUGCCUUGCCUUGAGAAGCUGCUGUCUCUCGGCUUCUCUCACGUACAUGUUGUUUUAUCUAGUCGACCCGAGAUUGAUAUCCGCCUUGUCAUCGAUCACGCAGGUGUCGGCGCGCUUGAUCUACUCCGCGAAAAGCCCCAUCUUCAGGACAUAGAGUCCUACAUUAUGCAUACUCUGACUUCGGAUCCCGCGUUUGGAAGAUGGCCAAAGCAUCUGGUAGAUCUGACUGGUGCAACCUUACGAGACAAAGCUGACGGAAUGUUUCGUUGGGUGUCUCUUCAACUUGAAAGUCUGCGCACGUGUCUGCCGAAAUACGUGCAGGCAGCACUACACUCGUUGCCGAAGAAUCUGGGAGACACAUACACCAGAGUACUGGACGCCAUCGAUCGCAGAUGCAUUGCCGAUGUUUUGCGCAUACUCCAAUGCCUUGCGUUUGCUGCACUCCCGCUUUCAGUGAAUGAGCUAGCAGAGAUGUUCGCCGUUGAUUUUGACUGCGGCGAAGGGGACUUCGCCGUACUGCGAUCCGAAUACCGUGUUCGCGAGCCUUUGUUGGAGAUAUUGAAAUUGUGUUCGGGCCUGGUUUCUACCGAUAGCAGCAAUGAUCCGUUCGGCUCGGGCCAGCCGGAGGCCAGACUGGCUCCCAUCUAUUUUUCCCACGCGUCAGUACAAGAUUACAUCCUUUCAAGCGACGCCCCGGACCGCUAUCGCAUCGAUGCUACCAUGGCGCACACGACUUUGGCACAAAUCAGCUUGGCCACCCUACUCUCCUUGGAAGGAUAUUCACCUCUGAACGACCACGCCAGUCGGUACUGGCCCACAUACUCGACAUACCCCACAGUUUCGACGAGGAUUCAAUCAUUGCUGAAUUCGUUUCUCAUUCCUUCUAGGGACCUGGAUGGAAGCACCGGGCUGUAUACUCUCGAGGCCUUCUACAACUGGUCAUCUCUAGCGCGUGUCUACCGCGUACUGGGAGCUGAGUUUAGGGUGUGGACCGCACCACAAAGGGGCAGGCUUCUCGCAGAAAUAACUGAACAUCCGCUCAGCUGUGCUGUCGCUUUCCAUCUCCCGACGCAGGCUAAAUCGCUCCUCGAACUCCCUCUCUUUUCGCAAGACUAUGUUCUCAGAGCACUCCACGUCGCAGUCAUAUCCGGAAGCAACGACAUGAUACAAUUAUUGUCCUCAUCAUCGUUGAUGCGUGAUAUCAACGCGCCUUUACGCACGCUUCAUACUCCCCCAUGGGGCCGGAUACCGUCGGAGCGAAAGCCGCCGCACGGCAAGGACGACUCUCCGAGAACGCUUUUACAAGUCGCGUGUGAUAGGUCGCAGUACUGCCAGAGUGCUCCAGUGGCAAUAUCUCAGAUUCGGAUUCUGAGUUUGCUUCUCGAUAACGGUGCCAGACCCAACGCGGUCUUAGGGUGCCCCAGGACGGCGCUCUACUAUCUCAUCCAAGGGUGGUCCCCGGCACUAAGGGUAUCGUGCAGCUUUGUAGAGGCAGACAUUGCCGCCGUGUUUCCCCUCCUCAUACAACAUGGUCUCGACGUCAAUGCGACUGGAUCCGUUGGACGCACGUGCUUGCACGAGUGUGCUAUGCUCGACGAAGAGAUAAUGGUACUCGCUGAUCGGGGUUCACAACAUACUGAGCAUCAUGAAAUGGUCUCUGAUGCGAUUGCCGAGAGUAACCUAUUCACCUUCAGAAAUUACAACCCGUUUGACGAAUCGGAAGCAUCUGCGGCCACCGCGGUCGAGGACGCUGAUAUGGCACCUGCUUUCGCCACAGUACCUACAUCUCCGAGUCGCAGUCCAUGGAACCUCUACGAUUGCUCGACCUCGCGUCUUUUGCUGGAGCAUGGCGCCUGUGUCGGUAUGCAAGACAGAGAUGGCCAGACUGCCUUGCAUCUCGCCGCUCAGCAUUCCGAUUCGAUUCUUCUUCGAUUGUUGCUCGAACAUGGGGGAGCAGCGCACGUCAACACGGCGAACGCCCAUGGGCAGGUCGCGCUGCACUUAGCUGCAUCAAGCGUAUAUGGCAAUACGGCCUCGAAGAUUGGACUUUUAGUUCAACACGGUGCCGAUGUAGAGGCGCCAGACAAACGCGGGAUCACGCCUCUCAUGAGAGCAUGUUCCGCUGCGAAUCUCUUUCACCGCGAGGUAUGGAGAGCCUUCGGCUCCGCCGAACGCAUCGGCAAUGAAGCUGCCGGAUUUCAAGCCUUGCUACACUACGGAGCUGAAGUCAAUGCACGAGAUACUAUAGGACGAUCGGCGCUUCACAUCUUGGCUGGUCUGCCUGUCGCAGAAUUAUCCGUACAUCCCAUUGCCACCCUCGGUGUCGAGCUGCUUGACAGGGGACUCGAAGUGGAUAUUGUGGAUGUAUCUGGGCGCACCGCGUUGGAGGAGCUUUGCACGCAGAUACAUGACGCGGCGGCUGUCUUGUUAGGUGGAAUUGCAGACCUAAGCUCAGUCGCGGAUGAAGAGGGCGCGGCUGAAGACGGAUCUGUGUCAAGUCUCCCGGAGCUGAUCGAGUUGCAAAAGAUCUCGAAGCUUUCGCGAUAUCGUGAGGUGCAGGCAUUGUUCUGUGUUUGCGAAGACUUGGUGCUCCACAUAACCAGGGAUAUGCGUACCUGGUGA